AUGGGUCGAGCCGAGGGCGGGGGCCCGGGUCGGGGGCCGCCGCCGCUGCUGCUGCUUCUGGGGGCCACGCUGGUCCUCGCCACUGGGGCCGCACCGGUGCGUGAGGCGGGCAGAGCCGUCGAGGCAGACAGGCAGGUGAAGAGAGUCCUGGCAUGGGAGCCGCGUGCUAACGACACGCGGGAGAAGGCCGGCCCACCAGCAGCUGGGGAAGAUGAGACCUCUCGGACUGCGCCCGGCGGCGAGCAUGCCGUGGUGGGCCCUGGGGUCGGGCCAGAGGAGGCUCUGGAGGCAUCGGCGGCGGUGACGGACACAGCCUGGCUGGAGGCGGACAGCCCAGGCCUGGGCGGAGUGACGGCAGAGGCGGGCAGCGGCGACACCCAGGCCCUUCCAGCCACGCUCCCGGCUCCCGACGAGGCCCUCGGGCAGUCAUCGACGGCCCCCGCCACCCCCGAGGCUACAGAGGCCAGCGGGCCACCCUCCCCCACCCCUGGCGACAAGCUGAGCCCAGACCCUGAACUCCCCAAGGAGAGCCCCUUGGAGGUUUGGCUGAACCUGGGAGGCAGCACACCUGACCCUCAUGGGCCAGAGCCCACGUACCCCUUUCAGGGCACACUGGAGCCCCACACGGCGUCAGAUAUAAUUGACAUCGACUACUUCGAAGGAUUGGAUGGUGAGGGCCGUGGCGCCGACCUGGGGAGCUUCCCCGGGUCUCCAGGUACCUCAGAGCACCACCCUGAUCCUGGAGGAGAGACCCCUUCCUGGAGCCUGCUUGACUUAUACGAUGACUUCACCCCGUUUGAUGAGUCUGAUUUCUACCCUACCACAUCCUUCUAUGAUGAUUUGGAUGAAGAAGAGGAGGAAGAGGAGGAUGACAAGGACGCAGGAGGAGGCAGAGACCUGGAAGAUGAAAAUGACCUUCUAAUGCCCACUGAGAAACCUGGUCUGGGGCCCGGGACAGGCCAGCCCACUGGUCGGUGGCAUGCUGUCCCUCCACAGCAUACUCUGGGGAUGGUCCCCGGCAGCAGCAUCGCCCUCAGGCCCCGCCCAGGAGAGCCAGGCAGGGACCUGGCCCCAAGCGAGAAUGGCACUGAGUGCCGCAGUGGCUUUGUGCGACAUAACGGCUCCUGCCGGUCAGUGUGCGACCUCUUCCCAAGUUACUGUCACAAUGGCGGCCAGUGCUACCUGGUGGAGAACAUAGGGGCCUUCUGCAGGUGCAACACGCAGGACUACAUCUGGCACAAGGGGAUGCGCUGCGAGUCCAUCAUCACUGACUUCCAGGUGAUGUGUGUGGCCGUAGGCUCGGCCGCCCUUGUGCUGCUCCUGCUCUUCAUGAUGACGGUGUUCUUCGCCAAGAAGCUCUACCUGCUCAAGACAGAGAACACCAAGCUGCGCAGGACCAGCAAAUUCCGGACCCCGUCUGAGCUCCACAAUGAUAACUUCUCCCUCUCCACCAUUGCCGAGGGCUCUCACCCAAAUGUAAGGAAACUUUGCAACGCUCCCCAUACCUGCUCCCCCCAUGCCUGUGCCUUGGCUCUCUAUGAUAAUGUUAUCUGUCAGGAUGAUUCUAGUGCUCCCCAUAAAAUCCAGGAAGCUCUCAAGUCCUGCCUGAAAGAGGAGGAGCCAUUUAACAUUCAGAACUCCAUGUCGCCCAAACUCGAGGGUGGCAAAGGUGACCAGGCCGACUUGGAGGUGAAUUGUCUUCAGAACAACUUAACCUAA